GACAAUAACCAAGGAUUUGUAUAGUUAGACUAUACAAAUCCUUGGGUACUUGGAUUCGCACAUUUGCAUGAUUUGGUAAAUCUAACAAAAUUACACGUACAAGGGAUAUAUAUUCAAGGUAAUUUCCCCCAGAAGACUAUUCCAUUUACCUAUAAUUAAGAUGUUGUCCCAGGAACAAUGUAAGAAGGUUUGGAAGAAUGCUGAUGCUGUAUGUUUUGAUGUAGAUUCCACUGUACUAAAGGAUGAAGCUUUAGAUGAACUUGCCAAGUUUUGUGGUGUGGGAGAACUUGUUAUUGAAUGGACCAAUAAAGCUAUGGGAGGUAAUGUGUCUUUCAGAGAAGCUUUGAAUGAAAGACUGAAGAUAGUCCAACCAACCAGACAGAAAGUGGCAGAUUUUUUAUCACAACAUCCUCCACAGUUUACACCAGGAAUAAAAGAUUUGGUUUCUGGUUUAAGUAAAAGAGGGAUACCAGUAUAUCUGGUAUCAGGUGGCUUUCAGAGUAUACUGGUACCUGUAGCAGAACAACUUGGUUUACCAGUAGAAAAUAUUAUAGCUAAUAGAAUAAAAUUUUAUUAUAAUGGUGAUUAUGCUGGAUUUGAUGAGAAUCAGCCCACGUCCUCCUCAGGAGGAAAGAAAGUUGUUGUAGAAACAUUAAAGAACAAACAUGGAUAUAAAAACCUAGUUAUGAUAGGAGAUGGUGCUACAGAUAUGGAAGCUUGUCCUCCAGCUGAUGGAUUUAUAGGGUUUGGCGGCAAUAUUAUAAGAGAAAAAGUGAAACAGAAUGCUCCUUGGUUUGUGACUGACAUGCAGGAAUUGAUAAAUGAAAUGAAAGAAUAAAAACUUUGCAAGAAACCAAAUGUAUUACUCAAUAUAAUAGACAAGAGACGUCCUUUAUAAGUUAUAUGGGAGUUGUAGCAGAAAUAGCAUACCUAGACUGUUCUACUUACCAAAUACAAAUAGAUGUGGUCAUGAUGUAUGUCACCUAAGGAAUGUUUAAUUCAAACUUUGGUUGAACAAUGUUUCACUUUUGCUUUCAAAAUCCAUCCGGACUGGAAAUUAAUCUUUAGGCUGAUAGUGACUAUUUUAUCUGUUCAGGUUGUGACAGUUACUGAGUAAGUAAUGGUUGGGUUCAAGAUGGUAAUUUAUGUUUCCUGUGGCAUAGAUAUUAGAUAUAUAAAAACAACUAUAAUGAUCAACAAUACAAGAUCUACAAAAAUGCUGAUAUACUAAAACCAUCAAGAGAUUUCUGGUAGGAGUGAUAUCGCUGUUGAUUUUUUUCACAAAUUUGGCAUUUCUGCUUGUUUUUACCUCUAAAACUAAAGAGCUUUUUAAACCAAUCUGAUUUAAUGAUCUUGUAGAUGAUUAUAGACGUUAAGUGUGUCUAGACUGUAUUUGUGAAUUAUGUUCAGGUCUAUUUAUGUGGCCACAAUUACUAAAAUAAAACAUAUGGUAAAAUGGU